UUUCAUCGCUUCCCUGGGCAACACUAACACAAAACAUUAGCUUAACUAAAUUGGUAAACUAUGUCGUGGGAACAUUUCCAAAAAUCGCUUAAUAAUCCAAAUGGCAGGUCAGUGCCACACCCUCAAACUAUUCAUGAGUGGGAGGAUGACAUGAAGAAGUGGCCUCAGAUCACGUACGAGGACAUAUUUAAUUAUUUUGUGUUGUCACUUGGUGCGGAUGGGUCUACAAUGCGCAAUUAUAAAAGUACAGAGGCGUAUCAGUACCUUCACAGUGGAAAAGUUGGGAAGGUGUUAAUCAAUAACAACAUAAUCGAUGACCUGGUAUUUAUGAAGGCUGAUGUUCAACCAAGCCAAAGCAAGUCUGACGUUCACUCUGCAUGGAUCCUGACUACAUCUACCGGCACUGUUGAGACGGCCGGGUGCUCCUGUGUCGCGGGACAGGGGAAGUCCUGCAGUCACGCAGCGGCGAUCUUAUGGAAGAUCGUGCACCUUUUCCAGAUAAGUAAAGUCUAAUCUCUUGUUCAUUGAUGUUCCUUGGGUUAAGGUAAGGUCAUUCAAGUUUGGGUAAAUGUAAUAUUCUGUCAGCACACCACUUUUUGGUGAACCACCUCUUCUGUGUAGGUAAGUAAGUUUAUAUUUUCACCAAUUCUAAUUCAUACCAGUCUAAUCUCGAAUGGCAAUUUGUUUAAGUACAUCAUCAAGGUAAGUUGAAAAAUAUGGACAGUUUAUAGCUGUCCAUAUUUUCUAUAUAAGUAUUGUGACACCAAGGACUGUAAUACAUUAAAACUAUGCAACUGUUCUAUUUAAACUUUGUUAAAGGUGCAGUUUGCAGUGUCCAAAGGUCUGACUGGAUUGUCCUGCACAGAUGAGCAGCGCCACUGGAACUCAGGGACACAGCGUAAUUUAGUCCCCAAAAGGUUGAGCAAUAUAUGUUUCAGGCACCACAAAGAAAGUUCUGAUGUCUCUGAGAACAUCCUGCCCAUCUCUCCAUCUCUACCGCCAACUCCUGCCUACAGCUCACAUGAAGCACUGAAGAUGAGCUUAGAAGCCGCAAAUGUUCCAGUGGGCAGCCUUCUGCACAAAUGCAUCUCUGCUGAACCAGAGCAAAUUCCAGCAGCUCCCACACAGCUCCAGCAGCCUCAUAGUGAACAUGGCACGGACAUACAGUGCCAGAAAUGCAUGUCAUUUUAUGAUAUGUACAUUAAAUUAGAUGGGGAUAAAUGUGCCAGUUUGGAGGAGUCCACUAAAAUGCAGAGUGCCUCCCACUUGUGGUUUGAUGCUCGUAAAUUAAGAGUAACUGCUAGCUCUGCAAAAAAGGUCCCCGUGCGUGCAUCUACUAAGCCAGAUAACUUUCUUAGAGAGCAUCUGUUUCCUAGGUUCCACGGGAACACUGCAACCAGGUAUGGCCAGGAGAAUGAGGAGGUGGCCUACGCGUGGAUGGAGAGCUGUGGGUUUGUAGUUGAGAAGAGAGGCACUGUAGUUAGUGUUACAGAACCAUGGCUUUCUGCAAGCCCAGAUGGUGUGGUUAACUCCACGGAGCUGCUGGAGAUUAAAUGUCCUGUUCUGGCCAAGAACUGUUCAUCUCUGGCUGAAGUGUUUUCCAGCAAGCUCACAGAUGUGAAGAUGGUCAACGGGGUUCCACAGCUGCAACCAAAUGGAUCCCGUGGUUACUACCUUCAAGUCCAACUAGGUGUGAUCCAUCAGGGCCUGAACCUCCCACUGAGUACUGAUGACGGCACGGGAAACACCGAACAGAUUCGAGUCAUUGACCUCGCCAGUCGUGUGUCAGCACCUUAA